UUCUUUGUGAAAUAGAGGUGAAUUACAAAUAAUUCGCGAGACAUAAUAUGAAUUUGAGUAGUUUAGCAGAACUUGCAUAAUGGCUGCCGGAACCCGUGACGAUCGUGUGUAAGAACACGAAGCAAACCUUUGGCCGCAGCAGAUCUUGCAUGCAGCCAGGAAAAGAUGUCAGACUGAAGCCUAUCGAGGAGAAAAUUACGAUUCGUCCUAUCACAAAUGAGACGUUAUCACAUCUGCUUUUGUCAGGCCAAGCUGUGUUAUUGUUGAGCUGUCAAUAUUCUUGCUGUUAAACCUUGAUCAAGUAAGAGUAGAAAAAGAAACGAUGGAUGUACGAAGACGCUUGAAUCAUGCUACAUCUUUGAGUUAUGGAGUAGGCCAUGUAUUCAACGAUCUAUGUGCAUCAAUGUGGUUCUCGUAUUUGCUCAUCUACUUCCACAAAGUUGUCAUUUUUAACAAUUUUGACGCUGGGUUGUUUCUCUUGGUUGGACAGAUCGCAGAUGGAAUUGCUACGCCAAUUAUAGGGAUUGAAUCAGACCGAACUUCAAGUGCAAGAUACGGUAAACGAAAAAUUUGGCAUCUAGGCGGAACCAUAGCUGUUGCUGCAGCAUUUCCAUUCAUCUUCAAUCUGUGUAUAUAUGGAUGCCAGAACAGUCCAAGAUGGAGUUUAUUUUUCUAUUAUAUCCCGUUCAUAGUAAUUUUCCAGUUUGGCUGGGCAUCAACGCAGAUAUCUCAUCUAGCCCUCAUACCAGACCUAGCCCGUAGAACAGAUGAGAAAGUAUUGUUGAAUUCACUCAGGUAUGGAUGUACCAUCUUUUCAAACAUAUUUGUUUAUGCGGUAUUUUGGGUUUUAUUUGAAAUUAAUAGUACACCUGGUACACUUGGCCGUCAAGAUGCACCAAAGUUCAGGAAUUUGGUGUUUAUUGUUGUGUCAGUUGGAAUUGCCUUCUCCAUAAUUUUCCAUCUUGGUGUGAAAGAAAGGCCAAAAGACAUUGAUGAAAAGGAAGAGAGUAUGCUUGCUUCUUGCAUUAAAAUGAAAAAGACAUGUUGGAAAGCAUGGCUAAAAGAAAUACAGUUUUGGCAGAUUGGGAUGAUCUACAUGAUGACAAGACUAAUUGUGAACCUGACACAAGUUUAUAUUCCUCUUUAUGUUACAGAUUCAUUGUUUUUAGACAAGAAAACGAUUGCAAUUAUUCCUCUUGUUAUUUAUGUGAGUGGGAUAUGUGCAACUCUUGCUACCAAACCAAUGGCUUCUUUCUGUGGUUUAAAGAUUACAUACUUUGUUGGACUUCUUCUAAUUUUUGGAUCAAGCAUUUGGAUUUGGUUUUUGGGUGGCCUUCCGGUUGGUGACAGACAAGGAGAGAUGUAUGGAGCUGCUGUUGUGAUAGGUUUUGGAUGCUCAACCCUUCUUGUUACAUCCUUGGCAAUGACUGCAGAAUUAGUUGGAGAUAACACAUCUACAGGUGCCUUCAUCUAUGGUGCAAUGAGUUUCUUCGACAAAGUUGCUAAUGGUAUCGCUGUCAUGGCUAUACAGAAGCUUCACCCUGGCACUGAUGCCACACCGGGCGGAGAGACGAGAUGCCCAACCUGUGCCCAUUAUUAUCGCGUUGUAAUGUCUUGUUUGCCCGGUGGCGCUGCCUUUUGUGCUAUGCUGAUUCUCGCAACUCUCGCUAAGUCCAAAAUUGGUUCAACGAGAAGCAAGAAACCAAAGUGUAAGAAUGAAAGCAACAGUGCCUAUGGCAGUAUAAAAGAUUGUUCCCCGAAACACAACGUGAAUGGGGACCCAAAUUCAAUCCAUGAUAGAGCUGAUAACUCUAGCAUCUUGGGAACCCAUGCCUCUUUGCUUGGAUGUGGGGCUCUUAAUGAUGAUACCGAGGCUAGCCCAAAAGAGCGCGAGCUAGACGUGUGCGCUGAAAAUUGCAAAUGCAAAAUUUGCAUAGAUCAAGAGAGUGGUCAACUAACGAGUUCCUAUCCCAGGGUUCAAACGGAAGAAAAUAGACCGUUAUUAGAAAAUAACCAAUUAAGAGUAUGAUGUUAGUUAGUACUUAGCAUUACUGAUAGAUUCCCUGUUAAAAACUACCUAAGCCUAUCUGGUACAAAUAAGGCGGUACAAAGAAAUCAACAAAUUUGGUACAAAGAAUUUUGCUAAUUUCUUUCGAUAAGGGGCUGGGGUACAACAUAUUUUGUAGGCAUUUUCUAGCAAAUUGUAAAUGGAAGUCUUCCAGACAAACUGGCUAGGUCUACCAGACAAAGUAGGUAAUUUUUCGAGUAACGGAGUAAUGUUUUUUGUAUUUUCUAUGUCUAAAAAGUUGUGAUGUCAAUUUUGUGGAUUUUCUCCACAUAUCCUAAUUUUAUGGUUAACCACUUCCUCGCGGAACUCAAACAGUAAAUCGAAAGAAAUUUUAGAAUAUUAAUGUUUUUUCAUUUAUCUACAUAUGAAUCUUGCGAUUUGUCUUUACUGAACAGGCAUUCAAUCUAACCGUGUGGAUAAUUUUUCAUAAUUUAUCAAACUGAUUGAUGAUAUUCGACAGAAUUGUUUGUGUAAUAUUUUUAGAAGAAUUGUCAUCUUGACCAGAUAUUGAAUAUUUGCUACAGAAAUUUUUGGGGGUUUGGUAGAUAGCAAACAUUUGUAGUAAUUCUUCAGAAUGUGUAUUUGUAAACAUGUUUUACAGUAAUAAAUCAUUAGCCAACUUGCAUCCAGACUCUAACCCUCCUUCGUAAUGGCUAGUGUCUGCACGCAGGCAAGUAGAUUUGUUAUUGAAGGCUGAUGUUACAAAAAAAAUAUUUUAAAGUUACAAAAAGAAACGAAAGGGCUGAAUCUGCUCUCAAACAAUAAGAAAGUUUAUAUUUAAUUUACCUAGUAAUGUUUUGGAACACAGAAUAAGAAUAUUAUGUGUUUUGUGUUUAUUCUUAUUCGUAAUCCUUUUUUGUGUUUUGGACAGUCUAAAAAUCGAAUGACUUGUUUUCAAUGGCUGAUGUAUCAGGAAUAGUUUUUUUAUAAUUUAAAUUGUCGUAAAGCCUUUAGUAAAAGUACACAAAUUUAUCAAGCAACGAUAGGCGAUAGAAAUACUAUUGUUAUGAUUCAGUAAAAAUAGAUUAUCUUAAGACCAUCGAACUUUCUGGCUUCCGAUAUUCAUAAACGAGCUUCUCGCAUAGUGAGGAACCUAGUUUAUUCUUGUCUUUGCCUUUUGCGAAGAAAACCUGUUCAGAUAUUGUAGGAAGUGGGAUCAGAAAUAGGAAAGAGGUAUAAAAUCUCA